UGUGCACAGUGACAGUUCAUCAGUCGGUUCAUGAAGGGGGAGGGUCCUUAUUAUAAAGAGUCUCUUCCUUCUGUUUCCUGCAGAUCUACAACAGCUGAAUUAUGACUGAGCAACCCAGAGCUGCUGGUGAAGGUGAUCAGAUGGAAGAAGACACAACCCAACAGGAUGCAGCCUCAGGGUCAGUGAAGUGUCCAGAGAGACGUUCCUCUGGUCCACCUGCAGCAGACCAGGCUGAGGAGAAGGUCCAGCCUGAACAGGUCAGACUGCAGGUUGAUGUCGACCCAGAGAUCCUAAAGACAGUGAGAGAUGUGAUGUCAGCUUCACAUAAAUAUGCUCUGGAUGAUGAACGUUUGAAGAAGUGCAUCACUGACGCAUCAGUUGACCCGAAGGAGCUUUCACAGUUUUUUAAAAAUGUUGAAGCUCAACACGCGAACACUGAUCGAGGACAGAAACUCUCAUGGUUGUCGUCCUGGUUCUGGUCCAAAGCACAAACAGUGAAGGUCCACUCAGUCUCUACUGGUCGGACCUGUGGUGCUGAUGAUGAAAUACUGGAAAAAGUGAAGAAUAUGAAAUGGACACAGGUGGAGAUCACAGGCUGUCAGGAGUGUGACAUCAUCAUCGUCUUCUGUCCAAUCACAUCUCUUGUUCGAUCAGAUGUGUCGGCAGCCAUGAGAGAGAUUCCAGGUGAUAAACCUGUGAUUUUAGUGCUGAUGCAUCACACCAGAGAUGUCGACUUUUCCACUGAUGUCAAAAAGUGGAGUGGAACCUAUCAGAACGUCAAGUUGGAUGUUCAUGUUCUCUUCCAUGAGACUCAGCCUGGAUUACUGAAGUGUCCAAGAAAUGAUGAGGCAGUUCAACAAAUACAAACAGUGUUAAAAGCUCACAGUAGAAGGUGGUUACAAUGGCCUAGUUCUGGUUUUAAUGCCGUGAUGUGAAGCAACAAGCAACAGAACAGCUGUUAUUAAUAACUGCAGCCAGAUAAAUGUCUGUGACGUCCUCUGACAGAUUAAAUCAUCACUUAACAAACAGUCCUGUUGAUCGUUGGUGUCAAACACUGAAGUGAUAAAGUUCUUAAUCCUGCUAAAGUUCAUGAAGUGUGUGCUGUAUAACUUCAUCAUGAUGUCAUCCUGUAACCAUCAGUCACUUUCUGUGUGGAAAACAGGAAACAGCUUGUUUCAGUCUGUUUGGUUCCUUUCACACAUUAAUAAUAUAUAAUAAUAAUAAUAAUAAUCUGCUUUUAUUGUGAUGCUGCCUUUAAAGUUUCAGAUCCAUAAAAGUUGUCCUACAGUUUGUCUGUAACUCUUCGUCUGCAGCCGCUUUAAUUAAAGAUUUGAUCGACAAGUUAAA